ACAACCCGCGCGACAUGUGGAAACCAACAGACGAAUUUUUUUAAAGACCAAUAAUUUUGUCUUUUAGGUUAUUAUCUCUUAUAACAGUAUAUAGAGUAACUUGCAUAUACUAAAAAUGCGGUUGACAGCCAUCGAGACAGAAUCAACUGUUGCGAUAAAAGGAGGGAAAGUUCGUGCAACUAACAUGGAGCGGCUUGUCCUUAGUCUACCCGACGAUGCUGGAAUGGAAAUCAAAGUUGCCUUCAAUGAAUUAGUUGCCCCAGAAAGCCCACUUCAGCAGAUAAGUGCUGUAGAGAAGCUGUCAGACCUGAGUGGGAUGUCAGAUGACAAUGCCAAGUUCUGUGUCUCUGUUCUAACUUCGGCUCUGCUGCAGCUCAACCCCAAAGUGCAGCUUAGGAAUAAGAUCUUUAAAACCCUCCCCACUAUGGGUUGUAAUAAUCCAGAGCUUUACAAAGCAACGAUCUUGAAGGUCAUCGUGGCAGGACUCACAGACCCCAAGACAUCCCAGUCUGUUGUUUUCGGUAUACCUCUCUUGGUGGAAGCUAAUGGUGCUCUGCUUGUGCCCAGAAGUGGUAGAGAGAAGAAGGGAGGAGAUGAGAAAAAAGUAGUUGAGAAGGAAGAACAAGCAAGAACAGACAAGGUGAUAACACCUGACCUUCACCCUGUGGUGUUUGGUGCACUGCUGCAUGGCAUUACGCAGCUGUGGCAAGAUUUCUUAAUAGCAUCAUCAGCUGCUGAAGCAAGCACAGUCCUACAGCAUCUGCAACAGCUAGUAAAGAGUAGCACCAUGUAUGUACAACAGCACUUUAGCAAUGAUGCUGGUGAUAUGCCUCAAGAGCUGCACUCACUGAAAAAUGCAGUAUUUGAGGUAAUUCAGCAUCCCUCCUGUCCACUGGACCUAAGAACUAAUUGUGGACAGUUGGUGGCCACCAUCACAAAGACUUUACAUAAUGGAAAUCUCCAACAGGUACUACAAAGUUACCGUUUUGAUGAAGAACAAUCUGAACUCCCAACUUUGGCUCAGUUAGCUCUUCUUAAUGGCAUUUUGUCUAUCUCACAAGGAAGAGACUUAUAUGUGCAGCAGGUGUGUGGCACUUGCUUGGGUACAGAUGUUUUACAAGCAGUGUUAAAACCUGGCAUGCAGUCCAAUGAUGGAAACAUUGCUAUUAGUGUGAUCAGAGUUGUCCACCAAUGGACCCUACGGACACUAGAAGCAUUCCGUUUUCCGGGUGAAUUAGAUAUGUUAAGAAAAGUUUUAGACCCAAGUUCCACACUUAUGGUCCGCCUCCUUGAGUAUAUGUGGCUAGCAUGGGAUCAUUUCUUGGACAGUGUCAAGAAUGCUACUAAGGACAGUUUUGUUAAUUACAUGAAGAUACAACAGACCCUCUCUGUUGAAGUAAGUGGACAGCACUUCCUGGGUGUUUGUAAAGUAUUGCUGGAAGAUUUAUGCUCCAGGAAAUUCAGAUUCAGUGCAGUAAGCUGUAUGGUUCCUGUAGUUGGUGCUCAGAAUUUACUACUAUCCUAUCCUCAACUUCCUCAUACACUGUUAAACCAACUGAGGGACCCAGCAGUUGCCAGUCACUCAGCAGAGCUUUUAGAGGCUCUCUUCACUCAGCACCAGAAAGAGGUGUCAGUGGAUGAGUGGCAGGAUUUGUGGCUCUCGACAUUCCUGGACUUGUUUUCAAAAGAGAUGCAGACAUAUGGUUACGAACUACUUUUCAAGAAGUUGUUGUUCACGUGUCCUGAAGCUCUAAGUGUUGCUGUGAAAAAACUUGUUGAGUUGGCAAAAAAUCCUGUGAGUGAGAAAUUGUGUCUGCUUAUCAUGUGUGUCAAAAUAGGUAGAUGUUCACCCAUUUGGUUAAAGAAGUGUCAGCAAAAUAAAAUAGAAAGUGAUGAACAAAUGUGGAAAUCUAUUUUACCAUAUGAAACAAUCAAGCUUUGUCUUUGGCAUACAGAUGAGUCUGUCAGAACUGCAGCAUUUAGCCUGUUGUGUGAAAGUCCAAAGUCAACAGAAUUACCAGAGAAAGAAGAAUUAGAGUUUAUAUAUGAUUAUUAUUUGUACAAUCUCACAGCUCAGAGUCCAGCUUACAGGCAGCACUUACUCAAGAGUACGAAGAAGCUAUUCCUCAGAAUUAAAGAAGGGACAAUGGCUUUAACAAAAUCGUCCAAGAGUAAAGGUGAUAGAGAACAUGGGAAAGACAUCCUGAGACUACAGAAAGAGUUCUCUUCAAAGUUGUUCUGGCAGAUGGUGAAAAAUCUUUAUAAUGGGGCAAACAGCAUGCGGAGAACUAUGUCAUUACAGGUGCUAGAGCUUUUUCAGACUAUAUUAAGUGGUUGCUACAAUGAUCUAGAGAUAACAAAAUUGUGCCAGAGCAAAGUUUAUACUGACACGCUCAUCAGUGUCCUUGAUGACUCAUAUGAAACUAACAAAGUCAUUGCUCUGAUGUUAUUACAAAGCACACCUAAGACAUGUGAAGAUCCUGAAGACACUCAGAGAAUUCAUGCACUGAUCAAAGCAGCUUGCACAUUGGCUUCAACGUGUAGGCCUCCAGACACUAUAACUGCUGGAUUUUUGUUCAAGUACUUAUCUAGCCAUCCUGUGGCAAUAAGCAUAGUGAGAGACAACAUAAAAGAUAGUACUUCAACAGAAGAUGCAAUAGCAUUAUUUUGUAUAUUUGUUUUACAAUUUCUACAAAAGGAAGUUCAAACUGCAAAGGAAAAUCUCCUAAAAGCAGCUUCAUCAGGACCCAUGUAUGGACUACUACUAUGUGUUAGGAUGUUGUUGUCUGACAUUCCAGAAACUGAUAUAACAAAGGACCACCACACAUGGCAAGAAAUUCUAAAGAUAGUGUUACAGCUCUGUUACCAGGUGUCAGAACUGGUGGCUCCUGUUGUAAGAAAUUCCUCUCCCGAAGGUCAUUUGCCAAUGGACCUAAAUCCUGAGAGUCUUGAAGUGCUAAGAGCCACAUUACAGCAAUCCCUAGGAAACCACCACAAUGAACAGGAUGUUGUGCUGUCAGCAGAAGCGACACCACAAGAAUUAGUAAAGGCACAAGCUGUGAGUGCACAAAUGUUAUUGCUGUGUGCCUGGAGGUGUGUAAAAGAAAUUUCUCUUAUACUGGGAGAUGUUGUGCAAAAAAUGCCCCUAUCCCCUAGAACAGAUGCAUUAUUAACAAAUGAAGAUGUAGUAAUGAUUGGACAGUACUUCAUAACUCAGUUGCUUGAGACCAAGCAUAGGGGGGCUUUUGAACAGUCUUAUGUAGGCUUUGGCAGAGUUUGUGAAAGAUUAUGGAGCUGUGAAGAGGAAGAACUAAGGAAAUUGCCAACAUCUUGGGUAGAAGAUCUGCUGGCUACAAUACAGGAUGAAAGUGACACUCGUCUGUGUGCCACGCGCCGAAGUGCAGGAGUGCCAUUUAUAGUACAGGCAGUGUUAUCUUCUGAGCCUAAGAUGAUGGGAGCCUCAUGCUUAAAAACCACAAUGAACACUCUCUUGCAAUUGGCAGAAGAGACUCAUUACUGUGGCUCAGAAGCCAGAAUUCAUUCAUUUAAUAUUCUCAGAGCAGUAUACAGAGACACUAGAUUAGGGGACUUAAUAAUUCCUUAUGUAUCUCAGGGAGUAAAAGCAGCUAUUGAAGGAUACAGGGGCAACUCAUGGGCAGAAAGAAACUCGGCUGCACUCUUGUUUGCUGCAUUGAUUACUCGUAUGUUAGGUGUAAAACGGACACAGGACGAUCUUAGUCGGAAAAAUGCCAUGUCUGCUCAGGUUUUCUUCAAGCGAUAUCCAGAUCUGUAUGAUUUCUUGAAAAUUGAGCUAGAAAAUGGAGCUGCCGGUGUUAAAGAGGGCAAGCUUGUACCAGCUUUGUUUCCUGUGCUCUUGCUUCUUGCUAGACUCGCACCUGCUCCUCUUGAAGGUCGUAUGUCUGCCAUCUCUCUUGCGUCCUUCACUCCAGCUGUAUUGCAGUGCUCUGCAUCAUCUGUGCUACAAUUGCGUGCUCUAGCUUCCCAUGCUCUCGUUCCUCUGGUUAAUCCUCACCAACUUGAAGGAGUGAUAGAGCAAAUAUCUGCCAGUGCAUCAUUAUCAAAUCAAAAUUCUCUCCAUGGCUGCUUGUUAUGUCUUCUUAAAUUGGUGAAGAACUUUGAAGAGACAAUCUGCAAUCUAACCAAUAACAUGUUGAUAAUGAAAAGUUUAUUGACUGUGAUAUGGUCAGCCAGUCAAAAGAACCCUUGCUUGGUAACACGUGCAUCUGCUCUUGAACUUUACACAUUCCUGGCCCAGAGGAAGUUACUACAAGAAUCUACACCAGAAGUUGUUGGAGUUGUUUCAGAUGCAUGUACAGUCAUAAAGACAAAUGAUCUAGUUUUACAAAGUAUGCCUUGGUCAGCUUUAUGUCAGAAACAGGCAACAAGGUUUUUACUGACCACUGCUUAUAAUUUACAGGAGGAACAGGACAUUACUAUAAAUACACUGAUCAGUCAUAGUUGCUAUGAGGUGAGACUUUCUACCCUGGAGCACAUAGAAGGAAUGACACACCUUGAUGUGCCCAUUCUUAUGCACCUUCUGAGGUGCAUCCACACAGAAGAUCAUCCAGAGUGUCUCUCACUAGUCUACAGCAUCCUAAGUAAGCAACUCUCAUCCCUAAAUUAUGGAAAAGAAAUGAUUGGGCAAGACCAGUUAGUGGAACUUUUAUAUCACAUCAUCUCCAUUGCUAAAGAGGAAACGUGCUUAGAACUUAUGAAAAGGAUGAUUCAACUGAGUUCUGUGUUAAUGAUUACAUUGCUGUCAAAGCAGGAAACUUCUGUUGCAACAGAGAAAGCCAUUCAUCGGUGGUUAGAAAUGAUUUUGAGUUUCUCACUGAGUGAAAAUGAUACAGACACUCGCCAAACCACAGCACAAGCUGUGUGUGACAUUCUUCCUCAUCUGGUUUCACAUCCUUGUAUAACAGACAAAACCAGGUUGGUGGUGUAUGAGGUCAUAACAACAGAGCUACAGGAUGACAGUGACUGUGUUCGUGAUAUAGUGUCAUAUGGAGUGUCUGGUUUGUUGAAACAUCAUCAUCAUGGAAGACAACAAUUCUGUCUGCAGCCUACAAGGGUCAUGGAGAAAGUGUGUGGACUAAUUGCAUCUUGUACAUGGCCAGAGGCUUCAUCAUUAUUAGUGAAACUUUCCCUGAAAGAGGACAUGCCUGAGGGUUUUGGACUGGCACAGGAGGAUGAUCGUGUCUUUGACAAAGGAGAGAUGAACAUCUACAGUGAAAAGAUUAUUGUCUCGCAAGCAAUGUUAAAAGGGCUCUCAGAUGCCCUUACAUUGAAUUCAUUUGCUUCUGCCUCAACCCUAACCUUCCUAAAGAGUCAUGUUGUUCCAUUUUUAUGCGCACCAACAGUCAGGCAAGACAAGAUACCUGAAGAUGUAUGGCAAAUCAUAAACCAGAAGGAGGAUCAGUUACUUUCACUGAAUCAGUUGCUCUCUCUGUUAGAGUAUGAUAUUUUCUACAUAUAUGAGCAAAUCAUGUCUCUCAAAGAUACAGCAUUAUUUUGUGUGAGACAUGUGGAUCUCUGGCUUAUGAGGCUGAGCUGUCGGUCUGCUAUCUGGGCACGAUUCAGUCCUUUAAUUGAUAGGGAAUCAAGCCUUGUGAAGUCAGUGGUUGAGGGACUAAACCAGAGUGUAUUGAAAAAUAGUUUCCUUUGUCAGAUCAUUGAAGAGUUGUCUUCUGUAAGAUAAAACUGGUGUGAAGCUCAAGGGAGAAAAUGCUUUUUGAAAGCAGUAAAAAGCAAAAUUUGGAGGAAGAUUUAUGAGCGGAAAAGAAAUGGUUAACUUUUUUGUGUAUGUCUGUCUCAAAUUGACUGUUAUUAUUUUUGUAAGCAUAUGUCAGUUUAGUAUAUUUUCCUGAGAAGAUAGGGAUGAAUUAUUUUAUUGUAAAUAAUGUGAUGAAAUUUUAAUUUUUAGAAUAUGUCUUAGAAGACAUUAUUUGUGCAAUAAGUGAUGUUAUUGUGAUUAAUUUAAAUUAUAUUUUUCUUGUGUCCACUGACCAAAGUUAAUUGAAAAAAUACAUAAUCUAGAUAUCAGUUGAUUAUUCUCAGUGUUGUUUUGUCAUUAAAUUUUCUUGAUAUGUUUAUGAAUUAUAAAACCUUUACACUGUGGAAAUCUGAUGUAUAUGUGUAAAUGAGUUUAUGAAGCACAAGAUAACCUGAACUGUAAAAGUAGAAAGAAAGAAAAUUAAUUGUUAACACGCUUAUACUGUAUGAUGACUUUUUUAAUUGUUAUAUUUUUGUGGAAGAUAUUUUCUCAUUUAACUUAUUUUUGUAGUAACUUAUGCAAUAGUGUUUGAUAUUUCUGAAAAGUUGUAAUGAAGAUUGACUUCAUUAUAAUGAUCAUAUAAAUUGGGAUUCCUG